CUUCUUCCAGACAACAGAAAAAAACAGAAUGAAUCGGAAUCUUAGAAACGCCGUUGUUGCAUUCCUUGCUCCACUUCCCUCUAUCGUCUUCUACCUCACCUUUCUCCGUAAUAAUAAUUACUCUCCAUCCUCCGAUUCAGAGCUCUCUUCUAUUCAUUCAUGGUGUUUGAAUCAUCCUCUUCUUCUAGCAAACCUUCUCUUCUUCUUCAACGUCAAUGUGCUCUUCUGGAUCAUCGGUUUACUCCAAUCUAGCCACUGGAUGAUCGAUGUGUACUGGACUGUGAUACCUGUAAUGCUGGUUCAUUACUUCGCUUCUCAUCCAUUGGGACAGUACAACAAGUUGAGAUCAACGAUUGUCAUUAUCCUGACAUGGGUUUGGAGUAUUAGGUUGACUCAUAACUAUUUCCGGCGGGAAAAUUGGGAAUGGGGUGCUAGAGAAGACUGGAGGUUCAACGACUUACGGAAACAGUACGGGAAACACUGGUGGUGGCUCUCCUUCUUCUCUGUUUACGUUUCGCAGCAGGUUUCCUCGGCUAUCUGUUUGACGGGUAUUGUCAUGGCAUACUACGCAGACACACAGCUUCACGAGUUUGUAACCGGAAACCAAAAACUCAAGGAGCAAGGGAAGCCUAAAAUUCCUAAUCUUGACACUGGUUUGUGGCGUUACUCUAGACAUCCUAAUUACUUGGGAGAGCAAUUGUGGUGGUGGGGAUUAGUUAUAUUUGCUUGGAACCUUGGUCAAGGAUGGACUUUGGUAGGUGCAUUGGUUAAUACUCUGUGUUUGGUUUAUGUAACAAUCCUUGUUGAGCGUCGGAUGGUGAAACAGCAAUACAGAGCUGAAGCUUAUAGAGCAUAUCAGAAGACAACCUCUGUGUGGAUUCCAUGGUUCAAAUCUCAUGAUGUUGCUACUAAAGACAAGAACACUUGAAGUUGCUUUUGAUUAGUUUGUUUCCAUAGAGAUCCUUUAGCUGUGUAUUAUGAGCAUUGUUUGAUGUGUUUUUUUUUUUUUUGCUCUCAUUUUAUUUUCUUGGUAUGUUUUCUUCGGUCUUGUGUAAAUUUGCAUUUAAAAUGGUUUUUUUUUUCUGUCUAUUUGGGCUUUGCUUUAUCUUAACUGAAUA